AGUUUUUAACUUAUGACUUAAAUGACUUAAAGUUGUGAGUUCCAUUCCAUCAGGAAAGUCAACAAUCAGGUUGUAGGUUGACACGUCGGAGGUGGUGUGCGUACUUUGACAGGUAGGAGUGCAAAGUGUGUCCGGUGAACUUCAAGUCCCAGAACCCCCGGCUUCUUCGGACCUGGCUGGACUCGCAGCAAUGGCAGCUCCUCGCAGGGACACAUGUGCGCUCGGCGAGGGAUCAAUACCGGGGGGUGUGAGGAUGGAGAGGUCGAUACUGGACCGGGUGCCGACGCUGCUGACCGACCUGUACCAGUUGACCAUGGCCUACGCGUACUGGCGGGCCGGGCGGCACCAGGACUGUGCGGCGUUCGAGUUGUUCUUCAGGGAAAAUCCGUUUGGUGGCGGCUUCGCUCUGUUCGCGGGACUCAACGACUGUCUCAACUACCUCAAGGCUUUCCACUUCACGGACGAAGACGUGGACUUCCUGCGUUCCGUCUUGCCGCCAGCCACCGACGCGGCCUUCUUCCAGUACCUGCGAGGUCUGGACUGUUCUGGCGUCACGCUGCGCGCCGUCCCAGAGGGCACGGUGGUCUUUGCCCGGGAGCCUCUGAUGGAAGUUGCCGGUCCGCUGGUUGUUGUUCAGUUGUUGGAGACCAGUCUGCUUUGUCUGGUCAACUACGCCAGUUUAGUUUGCAGUAACGCUGCCCGCUUCCGCCUGGCAUCUGGCAACAAGAGGAAACUUCUGGAGAUGGGUCUCAGAAGGGCUCAGGGGCCGGAUGGAGGGCUGACUGCGUCCAGAUACUCGUAUAUUGGAGGCUUUGAUAUGACCAGUAAUGUUCAGGCUGGUUUGCUGUUUGGGGUCCCAGUUUCAGGGACUAUGGCUCACUCGUACGUCACCUCUUUUACGUCUUUGGAGGAGGCCCUGCCCCAAACUCUUGUCGCUGUGAACGGGAACCGUGACCAGGUAGAUUUAAUCUCGCUCACCAAGAGUUGGCUGGGUCGAGUGUGUAAGCUUCUGGGGGCGGACCCUGAGAAGAUCCAUGAAGGGGAGUUGGCGGCAUUCCUGUCGUACGCCAUUGCCUACCCCAAGAAUUUCCUGCCUGUGAUUGACAGCUACAGUGUCACCUGCAGUGGUCUGUUGAACUUCUGUGCCGUGGCGUUGGCGCUGUGUGAACUGGGCUACAGACCGCUUGGAGUUCGAUUGGACAGCGGGGAUCUCUGCAAGCAAUCGCUGGACGUCCGAAGUGUCCUGAGACUCUGCAGUGAGCACUUUUCCAUCUCGGCCUUCGACUCGCUGAUCAUUGUUGGGAGCAACAACAUGUCAGAGCAAACCAUGGUGGAACUCAACACCAAGGAGAACGAAAUCGACGUGGUCGGUGUUGGAACGCAUCUGGUCACCUGCACCAAACAGCCCUCGCUGGGUUGUGUGUACAAGCUGGUGGAGGUACAAGGCAAGCCAAGGAUGAAGAUCAGCGAGGAUCCGGAGAAGAGCACGGUCCCAGGACGGAAAGCCGUCUACAGGCUGAGUGACGCUGACGGAUAUCCUUUUCUGGACCUGCUGUGUCUGGCACUGGAGUCUCCGCCCGAGGCUGGCCGUCCUGUGAGCUGCCAUCCUCUGGGCACCUGUGACACGCCUCUCACCGUCACGCCAGCCGAGGUCACCUGUCUUCGCCAGGAAAUGUUUACAAAAGGACAGGUGACACAACCUCUGAGCAGCGCGGCACAAUCCAAAGAACAAGUCCAACAGUCACUGCAGAAGUUGCACCCUCGACAUAAGCGGCUGCAAGAGCCCGACUCUUACACAGUGGCGCUAUCGGAGAAGCUUCACACGUUGGCUAGGGAUCUCAGGAGAGGAAGCACAAAUAAGAACAAUGUUGUUUUGCCCAACUAAAAAAAAUAUUUUAUCUUCUUGUUUGUUGAUGUUGUUGCAUUGUCAACAUAAAUAUAAUUUGAAUAACACUCAAAUGUAUUUUGUUGUUUUUUAACCACAAUAAAUAGAUUAU